UAGCGCUAAAUCCAUUCACGGCCUGGUGUCGUGUGGGCACAGCCACACGCAUGGCAGGGCUAAAAUCCAAACCCGUCCGUCUCUCAUCAGCCGGAGGAGAGGGAGGCAGCCCCGUCCGUCCCUCCACGGCUCAUCUCCUCUCAGUCCACACAAAAUCGGAUGGUGAAGCAGCAGUAGCAGCCGGAGAAGCAGUUCCCCUCCCCUCCCCAGCAGCUAAGCACCAGCCGGCCGGACCCGCCCCUUCUCCACCCUCCUCCCCUCUCCCAGCUCCGUCAUUACCAAGGAAGGAAGAUGGGCUCGUUGGAGGCGACGCGGGCGGAGCUGGGGCUGGCGGUGCUGUACCUGAACAAGGCGGAGGCUCGGGACAAGAUCUGCAGGGCCAUCCAGUACGGCUCCAAGUUCAUCAGCAACGGCCAGCCCGGCACCGCGCAGAACGUCGACAAGUCCACCACCUUGGCUCGCAAGGUCUUCCGCCUCCUCAAGUGGGUGAACGAUCUGCACGCCCUCAUCAGCCCGGCCGCCAAAGGGACCCCUCUCACGCUGGUCUUGCUUGGGAAGUCCAAGAAUGCGUUGCUGUCGACCUUCCUGUUCCUGGACCAGUUCGUGUGGCUAGGAAGAUCGGGGAUUUACCAGAACAAGGAGCGCACGGACCGCAUCGCCAGGAUGUCCCUCUACUGCUGGAUGGCCUCCUCCGUCUGUGCAAGUCUAGUCGAGCUUGGUGAGCUCAAGAGACUAUCAAAGGCGAUGAGGAAGCGCGCCAAGGAGCUUAGGGGCGCCGACAAAUACGAGGACGAGCAGUACCUGGGGAAGAUGAAGCAGUCGGACGACCGGCUGCUGGCGCUGGUGAAGGCGGGCAUGGACGUGGUGGUGGCCGUGGGGCUGCUGCAGCUGGCGCCCAAGAAGAUCACCCCCAGGGUCACCGGGGCCUUCGGCUUCGUCACCUCCCUCAUCUCCUGCUACCAGCAACUCCCGUCCCGCGCUCCCCUGGCCAAACUCAAGGCGUGAGGAACGGACGCUACACCAUGCAUGCUAGUCCAGACGCUGCCUCCGCUUAACUCAAGCCGAUGCUGUGCUCCAGCAUGGAAUCCGAGAUGUUUUAUUCCUGUGUACGUAGCAGUAUAGAAUGAUGAUGUCGAUUGUCUGUACGUACGGUUUUUAUACAUAUACAUGUACACGGUAUAUGCUAUGAGUAGUAGUAAUGGACAUGGUAUGUCUGGUCGAUCA